CCGCAACCUCGACUGGCGCAACCGCAACGCCAGCUGCUAGCUAGCUCCUUGCAUCACACCGCGCAGCUCGACGACUGCCCGCCCACAACCCUACAUUGCCAGCAUACACCGAGUCGCAUACGCAUACGCACGGCAUGAUGGAGGACUCAAAUCGCCUCUUCCGCUUCCCCAAGCCCGCAUGGAUGAACAGCGCCAACACGCGGACUGCCGGCGUCUACAUCGCGGGAGCCUUGUUCGCCAUGGGCUUCUACACCCUCAUCGACAUCUCGGUAUGGUCCAAGUCGGCCAUGAACGGCUCCGACCCAUCCGUCCACAUCACCUUCAUCGACUGGAUCCCCGGCAUCUGCAGCGCCCUCGGCAUGCUCGUCAUCAACAGCAUCGACAAGUCGCGUCUGUCUGCCGACAGCUUCUCCUACUCUGGGAACGGCGUGGCAUGGAAGGCGAGGCUGGUGUUGUUCUUGGGCUUUGCGCUGUUGGCUGGUGGACUUGCGGGCAGUGUUGUGGUUAUGGUUAUGAAGUUUGUCGUUAUUGGACAUACUUGGCCAACUCUCUGGCUGGGCGUUGGAAACGUCGUUGCUAAUGCGCUUAUUAUGCUGAGUUCCGCUGUGCUCUGGGUCGCGCAGAACAUGGAAGACGAAUACACCUACAACCUGGCGUUGUAGGUUACUGGUGGACUGAAGGCCGUGAUUGAGAAUGGGCAUUGCGCAUUCCGUAUCCGGAGGUGCGCAAGGAAUGGAUAUAAUUAUGUACGAGUAUUUGAAGGGUCGGAGACUGUUUGUCAUAGGCAGUUUGUUGUUUCAUGCCAGUCAUUCAGCGAUUUCGGGUUAACAGGUUCCAAUACGGACAACUUAAGUCAUCCUAUGCAUUA